CGGGGUUGAGUGUAAAUAAGAGGAAAAAAAAGAAAAGAAAAAGAGAACACCACCAUCCAUCAAAGUAGUUGUGUUGUGAAAGUUAAACCUAAGUAACCCUUGUUCUCCUCCACCGCAGAAAGAGAGAGAAUGGCAAAAGAUAGCUGUCUAGCCAGAGUAACCGCCGGAGUCGCCGUCGGCGGUGCUGUUGGAGGCGCCGUCGGUGCUGUAUAUGGAACUUAUGAGGCUGUUAAGUUCAAGGUUCCUGGACUUAUGAAGAUCAGAUAUAUUGGACAAACAACACUUGGUAGUGCUGCAAUUUUUGGUCUUUUUCUUGGUGCUGGGAGCUUGAUACACUGUGGGAAGUCCUACUGAGAGGGAGAGUUGCUUGGAUAUUUAAAACAAUAAAAAGUAAGCUUAGGUAAAUUUGGUUACUUGUUUUUUUAUGUUUUUGUUUGGGAAGCAGAAUGACCUGCAAUUGUGGUGCAGUCAUCUCAUUUUAUAUUUGGUUUGUGCUACUCUUUGCCUGUUUCUUUGUUAUUUUAAACUUUCAUGCAUGAGGUUGAAGCUCUCAUUUAUUGCCAUGACCAAAAAAUGUACUUUAUUUUUUGAUGGAA